UUUUCUUGCUUAUAUAUACACACCAGUAACCAUAAAGUUUCUCGCUUUGUAAAAUUUCAGGCUAUUUUUUGCUCUAAAAAGAUGGCAAAUUCAGGUCCAACCGACGAAGUUGUUUCUUUGGAGCUCCCUGCACCUCCAGGCUGGAAAAAAACGUGCUUGCUAAAGAAAGAAGGAACACCAACGAAGAAUGCAACUGUGUUCACUGCACCAACAGGGGAAGAGAUCACCAGCAGGAAGCAGCUGGAGCAAUACCUGAAAGCACACCCUGGGGGCCCCAAGAUCUCAGAGUUUGAUUGGACAAGCGGUGAGACCCCAAGGAGGUCAUCAAGAAUCAGCGAGAAGGUGAAGUCAACCCCACCAUCAUCAGAAACAGAGCCGGUCAAGAAACGGUCCAGAAAGUCAUCUUCAAAAAAAGAGAAGAAAGAGAAAGAAGACGAAGAAAUGCAGGAAGCGGAAGAGGCGGAAAAAGAUGAUGAGAAACCAAAAGAAGCCACUGAAAAAUCUGAAGUCGCAGAAGUAACUCCAUCAGAGGAAGUAGCUAAGCCUGAAAAAGAGGUCGAAGAAGAAGUUCGUUUAAUCCCAGAAAUGCCUUCAUCAAAUGAAGUAGCCAAGCCAGUCAAUGAGGUCAAAGACGAGUCAAAAAAAGAGGUUGAUGAAGAAGUGCGUGAAAUCCCUGAAGUAACUUUGAAGGAAGUAGCUAAUCCAGCUAAUGUGGUUAACGAAGCGGUAAAUGAAGAAGCAUGUGAAAUACAGAAAGUUCCCUCGUCAGAGGUGGAAGUAGUUAACAAGGAAUCGGACGAGUCAAACAAGCAUGAGGAUAAAGCCAACCAUGCGAAAGGGGUCGCAGAAGAAGGGCUUGAUAACCCUAUAACUCCCCCACCAGAGGAGGUAAUGAAGACUGCAAAUUUACAAGCUGUCCCGGUGACUGAAGUUGAGGCAGGAGGAGCAGCUGCUGUGCAGAAUGGUCGUCCAGUGGCAGAAGUCAGCGAGCCCAAGCCUUUGCAAUAAGCUAUGAAGAUAGAGUAAAGGGUGGUGCUGUGGUAUUAUGACACUUAUUCAUCCUCUUUUUUCUGAUGAAUCGUAUUGUUAAUGGAACAUUUCUGUAACUUGUAAUCUGUAACCUGUCAUAGGAUUUGAAGUCUUGACAUAUAUAUCAUAAAUUGUUGUGUAAGAAUAUUUGUAAGAGGUCGUCUUGUGAGUAUUGUUGUGUCUGUAGAUUCUAGGUUACAGAUACAUGUUUAUGCCUGUAUCAUUAUCAUGUAAUAAUGUAGUCGACUCUUUAAUAACUUUUCAUUCUUGCA